ACUCCAGCUGAUCGCCAAAAAUUCGCUCACAUGUUUAUACGGCGUAAUUUUGUUAUUAUUCAACGAUUUCUGAAUAAGCGUGAGAUAAAGUGGCAUGUAUCUGAACCAUCUGCCGCGGUCACAAUGGAAGUACCUACAGUACCUUCUGCAGGUGCGUCAGCUUCAGCUCCUGCGACGGCACGUUAACAUUGGCGCAAAGCCGCCCAUCCAAACAGCUGCUUUGCUACCGGCACUGGGCCAAAAACUGAGGAAGCACUCGCAGCUGGUGAACGGAGAUCCCCGGGAAAAGUUUAGCGUGGCACGGGAACAGGAUGCUCUUCUAACCCGACUGGAGGAGGCCAAGACGGGUGACCAGCUUUUAGAUGCGUUGGAGAGCUGUGACGGUCUGCAGAGCUCCCAUGUGGUGAAGGGAAUCUCACUGCUGUGGACCCUCUAUUACGACGCGGAGCAGACAAGUAAAGAUGCCAUCACGGAUCGCGUGCUGCUUAAUGUGCUCCCAAAGUUGGCCCCUUAUGUACACCAACUUGAGAUCGAUGAUCUCAGUAGAUGCUACCUGUACCUGCGCAAAAUGCAUAUACCAAACUCCGAGGCAGUCGUGGAGGCCGUGCUGACGAGGUCUCUUCAAUUAAUCGAGUCACAAGUGGAUGAUGAAGGCAUUCCCUUGACCUCCUUGUCUCGCCUCUCGGUGGGCAUCAACUUGGAACGCGACUUCUUCACUCCGCUUGUGUGUAAGAACUUUGUGCCGCACCUGGAGCAUCACAUCAAUCGGUGUCGCAGCGCGGAGCAGGUUCGUCUUCUGUCCACGUGCCUCUUUCAGCUACACUUUCUCAUUGAUGAGGAGCUGUUUACACGCUUCAAGUUGCGCUUGACUGAAAUGAUGCAAAGCGGCGACCUCAGCAGCCAAACCCCUAAGGCUCUUCUGAAGGUGAUCCACAUGCUGAAUAUUCCAGUGUGGUCACAGACACACACCCAAUUGAUUCGGGAGGUCAUGCUUGCCCUGCGACCUUGCAUACAUCACAUGGAGUCUGCAGAUCUAAAGAGCGUGUGUCGCACAUUUUUGCAUCAUCAAGAACCCGCCGCACUGAUGGAGCCACUCAAGAAAGCUCUUGAAAAGUUGCUACAGGACGAAAGCACAGCUGACGCCCUGUCUUGUACAGUUCCCUUUGCAACGCCGCUGCAAAGAGACCAGUAUCUGCAUCAGUUUAGGGAACUGCUCUACUCCGAAGAGGCCUGGCAGCAACCCCAUGCGAGCGGACAUUUAUUCAGCGUUCUGCGUUCAUUAAAGGUCUCCGACAUUGGAUUCUGCAACACAUACUGGUCAGGAGUUAUACAAGAGCUGGAGUCCUAUCCGGAGGAGCGUUCACACCUACGGUUCCUUAGACACUGUCAACGCUAUAUGAACUUUAAUAACAAUCUGGGAGGGACCUACCGUCACUUAGAACUGGAACGAAAGCUAAGUCGCAUGUGCAUGAGUGCUAUGGAGCAUGACAUAGCGGGUAGGCUGCCAGCGAAGUUCGCACGACUUGCAUCCUUUGUGCUAGCUUACGGGCAGACUCCGUUGGCCUGGAAGAAAUUUCCCAACUUUUUGUUAAGCAAAAUGCUCGCCAUGGCGCCCCAGCUUGGCAUUCAGGAUUGCUUUCUACUCAGUCGCGGCAUGCAAAUAGCCAGCGAACUAAGGUUUCGCCAGCAUCUUCCGCCAUUAGCUGGCAUGCAGCUGUCCACAAUGGACAGCAUUCUCAUCGGUUGUGCGGAGAGGCACUUGAGAGAUGCCGAAAAGGACCCUCUGAAUGCCAGCGAAUUGAGCAUGAUUGUCAGAACACUCAGUCAUCGCAAGAAGCUGAAGAACACGGUGGUUUACAACCAGGCCCUGGAGCAGUACAAAAGUCUGCAUUGCAACGAUCUCAAUUCUCGGGUGGUUCGCGACAUGGCCUACAACUUCAAUGCUUCGAAUUUCUUUGUUCCCGAGCUCCUGGAGUCCAUGUUCGCUUACAUUUCCGAACAGCAUGAUCACGUUACCGGCGACACAGUGGAGAAAGUGUUGACCUGCUCGUAUAAUUUGGGCUACAUGCCUGCAUCCGUGGAGGCUCUAAACCACGCCUCCGAAGUACUGCUAAGGGACUUUGACCAGAUGAGCGGGUUAUCGGUUGUGCAGGCUUGUCUAGCACUGUGCUUCUACAAAUCAAUACCUGAGCAGCUAAUCAAUCAAGUAUUCUGCGUGAAGUUCAUUCAGCGAAUCGAGGAUGAGAUACAAGUCUGCUACUCAAAAGCAACGUAUCCGGAGAGGGUCCUUAAUCUGGUAAUGCAACUGAAUCGCACAGUAUGCCUGGACUUUCCCGAGGCGAAUGUGCCCUGGUUUCAACAAAACUACAUCGAGGCGCAGAUCAGCAAAAAAUCCUUGAUACCCAGUGAGUCCACAGCAGAGGUGAAGCAGCUGCUGCAUCAGCUUCUUCAGAAUGACAAGCAUUUCCGCUGCAACCACACUACACCCUACGGCUACCAAAUAGACUUUGUGAUACAUUUCGAUCGGGAUAAGAAGCCCAUACCAGCACCUCCCGUGGAAGCAACCAUGUUGGAUCGCAUAACCAAAGUGGCAAUACUACUGCUCAAGCUCGACUCUUUUUGUGAAAACGAUCUGACUGCCUUGCGGGGUCCUGAGUCUUUGAAGAUGCGACAUCUAGAGAUGAUGGGCUACAAGGUGAUGCAGAUCAACGAGCACGACUGGAAUUCCAAGUAUAUGGCGUCAUCAACAGCCAAGGCCAACUACCUUAAAUGCUUGUUACAAAUUUCACAUUAGCUUUCAUUUCUAUUACUUUUACAUGAGU